GCCUUGAUGUCAAUGCAACAGAAGAUGAUAUUCGUAAAGCUUAUAGACGUCAAGCUUUGAUAUGGCAUCCCGAUAAGAAUGUCCAAAAUCGUGAAGAGGCUGAAGCCAAAUUUAAACAGAUCGCGGAGGCCUAUGAAAUAUUAAGCGACGCCGAAAAAAGGAGAAUAUACGACCAAUACGGCGAAGAAGGCCUCAAAAAUGGCGGUCCCACUUAUGAACACCGUUUUCCAUCUUCUUCAUUUUCGAUGUCAACCAAUUCGUUUUCUAGUGGAUCCGGUAAUGGUGGGUUCGUUAAAAAAUCCACCUCUACACAAAUAAUUAAUGGGGUUAGAACAACUGUUACAAGAAUUGAGGAUGCAGAGGGUAAUGUUACUGAAACCACUGAAACAUCUGACGGCAGUAGUCAGUUUUCGACAUACAAUAAUAAUUUACAGAUUCAGGAUGGAGGUCUAUCCUAUUCUAUGAAUAGACAACAACAGUAUCAGCAGCAGCCGUAUCAGCAAGAAUAUCACAGCCGGGAUUACUAA